GUGCUGGGCUUCUGUCUCAUCCCACUGCUCUCCGUGCUAGGGAUUGUCGGCAACGUGUUCAACAUGGUGGUCUUGUGUCGACACGGCUUUAAGAAAAGCACAAACAUUAUUCUCGUUUCUCUCUCCCUCAGCGAUUUUCUGUUUUCCUUCUUGAAUAUAGCGUACCGAUUGAAGAAUCUGAUGCCUUACUUUGACCAGAACGUGGGAACCACCGUGACAACGUUUUCAUACAUAUUAAUUUAUCCAAUGAUCAAUAUUUUCCUCUGCUUGAGUUUACUUCAUGUAACGGCCAUAGCCAUCGAGAGAUUCGUGGCGGUUUUCUUCCCUUUCUACGUGUCUCGCAUCUUCACUCCGUUUCGCGUCAAGUGGACAGUUUUAAGCUUGUACAUUUUCACCGUGUCCCUCCUUAUGGUCCUUUUCUUCUAUUACUCUUAUGAAUGGGUUUACGACGCUCGCUACAACGUUACGGUGGCUAGGACAGUCUACAGCCAGGUCUGUAGAGAAAACCCAGGCUUCUUUAACAUCUACAUUGGGCUUGUGCUCAACAAUCUGUUCACUACGAUCCCCCUGGUGAUCAUUCUUCUUUGCUCCCUGGCCAUAGCCAUCAAACUGAACGCCGACACGUGUGCCGGUGCGCGCAUGAGUUCA